AUGAACAGUACAGGCAUAUAGGACACAGAAAACACUAGGCUCCAACUGAAUAGGUGAACAGAAGCCUUUGUUCUUUCUUAUAAUACAAGUGCAGUGUGGUGUUGCAGUGAAGUUGAUCAGCUUCUUGUUAGUUAGCCAUGACUGAUUUACACUACUACCUCCUCUGCUCCGUCCUCUGUUGUCUCUCCACCAUCUUCAUCAAAUCCUUGUUCACCAAACAUUCCACCGACAACAUUCCAAGCCCGCCGGCUCUGCCGAUCAUCGGUCACCUCCACCUCCUCACUUCUUCCUUAUCCCAAUCGUUACACAAACUCUCCACCAAGUACGGCCCUCUCCUCCUCGUCCGUUUCGGCGCCUCUCGGAUGCUUGUAGUUUCAUCUGCCUCCAUGGCUGCUGAAAUCUUCAAAACCAAUGACCUGUCUUUUGCUUCCCGACCCUCCUUUGCUUUUGCAGACGACCUGCCCUACAAAAACUUGGGUUUCUUUGCCACCCCGUAUGGUGACUACUGGAGGUUCAUGAAGAAGCUCUGCAUGACGGAACUGCUCUCUCCCAAGCAGAUUGAACGGUCACGUUCCAUCCGACAGGAAGAGAUUGCAAGGUUUCUGAGGAAGAUGAUGGAGUGCGCUGAAAGAAAAGAGAUGAUCGAUGUGGGCGCUGAGCUUAUGAGGCUCACAAACAACAGCAUAUGCAGGAUGGCCAUGAGCACCAGUUGCUCAGAGAAUGGUGAAGAAGCUGAGAAAAUCAGGGCACUAGUGAAGGAAUCAUUUGAGUUGGCCGCAAAGGUGUGUUUUGGAGAUGUAUUGGGUCCGCUGAAGAGAGUGGGAUUCUGGGUUUAUGGAAAGCAGCUCAUUGAUGUGACCAUGGGGUAUGAUAAGCUUUUAGAGGGGAUGCUGAAGCAGCAUGAAGAGAGAGCAGAGAGAGAGGGUUGGGACAGAGAAGAUAAGGACUUGAUGGAUAUUCUACUCAAGGCAUAUCAGGAUGAUCAAGCUGAGGUUCGGAUUACCAGAACUCAUGUCAAGGCUUUCUUGCUUGAUCUUUUCAUUGGAGGCACCGCUACCACAGCAGAGGCCAUGCAAUGGGGAGUAGCUGAGCUCAUAAACCAUCCAGACAUAUUCAACAAGGUUAGGGAGGAGAUGAAAACAGUUGUUGGCAGCAGACUAGUUGAGGAAUCAGAUGUUGCAAACCUCCCUUACUUGCAGGCAGUGAUAAAAGAAACCCUGAGACUACACCCACCAGUUCCUUUGUCGACAAGAGAAAGCCGCGAAACUUGUAAAAUAAAAGAGUUUGAUAUACCAGAAAAGACUUCGGUAGCAAUCAACCAGUAUGCAAUAAUGCGAGAUCCAGAGUUAUGGGACAAUCCAGAUGAGUUUAGGCCAGAUAGGUUCUUGGUUUCCAGUAAAGAGAAACAUGAAUCAGAACUUGAUCAGAAUGAAAGUAAAGGGCAUAACUUUCAAUAUGUUCCGUUUGGAUCAGGAAGGAGAAGGUGCCCGGGUUCAAAUUUGGCAACCAUCUUGUUGAAUUCUUCAAUUGCUGCCAUGGUUCAAUGCUUUGAUUGGAAGGUUGGAGAAGGGGGCAAGGUUAACAUGGAAGUUGGAGGGGGUAUGUCCUUGCCCAUGGCUCACCCACUCAUAGUUUUGCCUGUUAAUCACUUCAACCCAUUUGCUUCUUCCACAUGAUUUCAUGUGAAACCAUCAAAUUCUGAAAAGAAUUAAAAUAAAGGCAACUUCAGUAAUGAAUUACACAUCCCUUUUG